AUGAACACAAAUCGGAAAAGCGAUGUUCAUGUAGGCGAACACCCUGCCGGUGAGAAGACAGUUCAAGUUCCAUUGCAACCAGCGUGUUCAGCGGGAACCACCAGUGGAACAGAAAUCCAGGCCUCCCUCGUCCGGAGGCUCGAUAUCAACGUUCACUCAAACUUCAUGCGAGACUUCGACCCUCAGAGCAGUCAAAGGGUAGCGCGGAAGCAGGAGAGAAAACAGAAGAAACGUGGACCCAGCCAGCAGAGGUUGUACGAUCACAAAGGUAGGCUGCUGGGCACUGGGGAAGACUUAUGUGACUGCCUAAUCGAUGACUGUCCAGGCUGCCACUUCCCUUGUCCGAAGUGUCGCUCGUGCAAAUGCGGCCACGAAUGCCGCAGGAACCGAAAAUGGAGGUACGACGAGAUCGAAAUAGAGGGCACUGAUGUUGUCAUUAAGAGGAAGUCGUAA